ACCCACACACGCAAAGGACCCCAACAUGAGAACGGAAGCAAAACUAAAAGAGGGGAAAGAGAACUUUAUGGGUUAGGUUCAGCUCGUAUUUUCCUGCACUUAUAUUGGAAUAUAUAUCAUCGUACGGUAAAUUUUUGUAUUUUUUUUUUAACAUGGCGCCAACAAUCCAGACCCAAGCGCAGCGAGAAGACGGGCACAGGAGUACUUCACACAGAACCGUUCCAGAAAGGUCUGGAGUCGUGUGCCGUGUGAAAUACUGCAACAGCCUUCCUGAUAUUCCAUUCGACCCAAAGUUCAUCACAUAUCCCUUUGACCAGCACAGGUUUGUGCAGUAUAAAGCAACUUCCCUGGAGAAACAACAUAAGCAUGAAUUGCUGACUGAGCCAGAUCUCGGAGUUACCAUAGAUCUCAUCAACCCCGACACCUACCGGAUUGAUCCCAACAUUCUUUUGGACCCUGCUGAUGAAAAGUUAUUGGAAGAAGACAUCCAAGCUCCAUCCAGCUCUAAACGAUCACAGCAGCAUGCCAAAGUUGUCCCAUGGAUGAGGAAGACAGAGUACAUAUCAACUGAAUUUAACCGAUACGGCAUCUCCAACGAGAAGGUUGAGGUCAAGAUCGGUGUCUCUGUCAAACAGCAAUUCACCGAAGAAGAGAUUUACAAGGACAGGGAUAGCCAGAUUUCAGCCAUCGAGAAGACCUUUGAGGACGCUCAGAAAACAAUUGCACAACACUACAGUAAGCCCAGAGUCGUGCCUUUGGAAGUCUUACCUGUGUUUCCUGACUUCAAGAUGUGGAUCAACCCAUGUGCUCAGGUUAUCUUUGAUUCAGAUCCGGCUCCCAAAGACAUUUCAGGGCCUGCUGGAGUUGACAUGAUGUCCCAGGCUAUGAUCAGGGGCAUGAUGGAUGAAGAAGGCAACCAGUUUGUGGCCUAUUUCCUACCUAAUGAGGAUACUAUGCGGAAGCGCAAGAGAGACUUUGAGGAGGACUUGGACUACAUGCCAGAGGAAGUGUACGAGUACAAGAUUGCUCGAGAAUAUAACUGGAACGUGAAAAACAAGGCCAGUAAGGGCUAUGAAGAGAAUUACUUCUUCAUCUUUAGAGAUGGGGAUGGUGUAUACUACAAUGAGCUGGAAACCAGGGUGCGACUGAGCAAGAGGAGAGCCAAGGCUGGGGCCCAGUCCACGACCAAUGCUGUGCUGGUGUGCAAGCAUCGUGACAUGAACGAGAAGGAACUCGAGGCUCAGGAAGCUCGUAAGGCUCAGCUGGAGAAUCAUGAGCCUGAAGAUGAGGAAGAAGAUAUGGACCUGGAGAAGGACUUGCAGGACUCUGGUGAUGAUAAAGAGAGAGAGAGUGAAAGUGAAGGAGAGAACUCGGGCAGUGAGUCAGACCGUGAGGAAGAUGAGGAUGUUGCUCCGAGGAGAGAAGACGAGGAGGAAGACGAGGAGGAAGAGGGGGCCAAGCAGAGAAGGAGGGGCAGUGGCAGCGGCAGCGAAAGUGGGGAUGAGCGUCAGGCUCGGGAGAUGCGCGACGAAGAGGAGAUCUUUGGCAGCGACGACGACAGCGAUGAGGACGAUGCCAAGAAUCGAAGCAGCGGGGAGGGUAGUGGGAGUGAAGAGGAGGAGGGAGGCGGCACGAAGAGCCGCAGUGCUUCGCCGGCCCUCAGCAGCAGUGAGCAUUCAGACGGUGGUCAGCACAGUGGCAGUGAGCAAGGCUCAGAUUCCAGUGAAGGCAGUGACAGUGAGUGAGGGUUCACAGGUAUGGCACUGUACAGUUAAACGCCAGGCCUUAGUCCAGCUCAAUCCUAACUUAGACUGGGGCCUCUACCUCUGUUAGUUCUCUCUUUAAAUGGUCAGUGUACAGUUAAAUGUUUUCGCUGGAUUCGACAUUGACUGGUAGGCUUUUCUUUUUGGCUGGCUAUGUUGAGUUUCUUUUAGGAAUUUCACAGGCUGUUCUGUGUAGGCAAGCCACGUUCCCUGCCAUUCAUUUGUAAUUUGACGUUCAUUUGAAUACCCCUCACAGCACUAGCUUAUUUCACAUUUGCAGGUAGUCAGUCUAUUCUGCAACUUAGGUACUAUUUGUGCUCAUUUCUGGGAAGAAGAAAAUCAUUCACUUUUGUUUUAAACCCCCAUUCAUAACAAAAUAUAACCAGAACAUGGUUGACUCACUAUACAGUAAGUGGAAAAGGUGACUCUUUUGAUGAUCUUGACUGGAUUUGGUCAAUUUUCUUGAAGUCCAGAAUGAAACAGACUGGUGUUAAUGCAUUUCCUUAUCCAAAUUCCCAUAAAUAUUGUAUUGUAAUUUUGUAUCUUAUUACUGUAGUAUAAUUUCUGAUUCCCUAGCAUGCAUUUUUUAUUGUAAUUAAAGGGGAAAGAUAAAACGUA